CCCCCACACACACACCACCACCCCCCACCAACUCAACAACAUCUUCACCGGGAUUUCUUUCAAACCAAAACCAUAUGAGAUGCAAGUUCACUGGGAAACUUCGGAGCCCGUUCGGUUCAGGCAGCAAAACUUUUUCUCAAAGGACAACGCCGUAAAGCGCCGAGUGGACUGUUGCUGCCGCCGCUGCUGCUGCUCCGCGGCGGGACGGUUAGUGUGUGUGUGACCGUAGAGUCCCCGCUAACGUCCACGCUAUUGUGGUUGUUGUUGUUUUUCUUUCUUUCUUCUUUUCCCCAGUGGAGUUGUUCUUAGUGGCUUUUAUUGUUGAACACAACUCGCUCUCGUCUCACUCCGGCUGGGUGAUAUUUGUGUGUGUGUGUGUUUUUUUUUCUCGAGCGCGAGACAGAGCGGUUUGUUUGGAAACAGUACCGAGGAGGCUACGGGGAAGAAACGGUCACCCGCGAGCCACUCAACGUAUGACUACCGGGCUCGUAGCCCUUUAAACCGGCCCCGGUCGCUGCUCGCUUCGGCGGUCGUUGCCGGUCGCACCUUCCGACCCCUCCGUCCGGCUUCACGGGACCCUUCGCCGGGGGGGGUGGGGAGAUAGGGAGAGAGCGAGAGAGUCAGAGAGAGAAGACAAGAGCCGCAGGACACCAGACGCGUGGAGGUGGAGGUGGAGGUUGAAGAAGGUGGCGGCGGUGAGCUUGACGGGGAGAAAAGUUCUUCCAAAAUAGCAGCCGCUCGGCCUAGUGAUGGGGGACUUCGCCUCCCCCGCUGCCGGACCCAACGGCAGUAUCUGCAUCAACAACGGCAUGAACCCUGCCGCCGGGAGCGUGGUGCCCGCCGGGGGGGCGGCGGGCAUACCUAAGCACAGCACGGUGGUGGAGAGGCUGAGGCAGCGAAUCGAGGGCUGCCGGAGACACCACGUCAACUGCGAAAACCGGUACCAGCAGGCGCACGCCGAGCAGCUGGAGCUGGAGCGGAGGGAGACGGUCAGCCUGUACCAGCGGAGUCUGGAGCAGAGAGCCAAGAAGUCGGCCGGCGGCGGCAGCAGCAAGCAGCCGCAGAGCAAGCAGCCGGACCCGGACUCCGCGUCCUCCGCCGAGCAGAGGAAUAACACGCUUAUAGCGCUCCAGGAGACUGUAAAGAGGAAACUGGACAGUGCACGAUCGCCUCUUAAUGGAGAGCAGAAUGGCAUCUGUGAUGGAGGCAGCUACUCACCGACUACCAAACGGGUACGGAAGGAAGGCUCUGGUGGUUUGGACUCACUAACUGGUCUCCCUAACAACAACAAUAGCGGCAAUGUUCCACCCAUAUCUCCACUGCAUCACCAAAUGGACAUUAAGCCCAUACUUGGCGGGCCGAACACUUCUACCGUGAAUAACACUACAAACAGCAACGGCAACCACGUAGGUCAGGCAUCUGACGAGCUGGGCAAGAACGGCAGCAGCCAUCUCGCAGACAUGAAGCUCAAUGGCUCGCUAGACCUGGAGGACAGCUUCGGCCUCCUCAAAGACCUGAAACAGGAGCCACUGGACGACGGAGGUGGGAUGGAGUCCUCUGAUCCGCAGUCCCUGUCCAAUCAGAACAAACUGUUCUCAGACAUCAACCUCAACGACCAAGAGUGGCAGGAGCUAAUCGAUGAGCUGGCCAAUACUGUGCCAGAGGACGAUAUGCACGACCUCUUCAAUGAGGACUUUGAGGACAAGAAAGAGCCAGAUUUUGGCAGGCCGGCCAACAAUCAGACACCAGGCCCCCAAGAAGCAGCUGGGAACGCAACGGCUCCACCAGCAGCGGUUCUGCCCCCUCCUCCUCCUCAGCCUCCACAGGGAGGGCCACAGGGUCCCAUGGGCUCUCCACAGGUUCGACCGUCUUCGUCAGGCCCUCAGUUUGCCACCACUGCCAAUGGGACGCCACCUCAGCAACCUUUGCAGCAGUCUCCAGCAGUUGCCAUGGCCUCCGGUUCGCCGUUGCACAACUGCGUGGCUCGCUCCCCUCAGACCCCAACCCAGGCUCAGACACAAGCAGUCUCUAGGCCCGGGAACGGAUACAUGAUGAAUCCAGGCCCAGGGGUAAGUCAGGUGGGAACAGGACCCGGAGUGGCAGGAGUGGCCCCUGGAGGUCAGCCCGUUGGACCAGUGACGCCUGAACUUUCUCCAGCAGAGCAGCUCAAGGCAAUGGCUCAGCAACGGGCUAAACUGCUUCAGCAGAAGCAGCAAGCAGCUAGCUGGUCACCUGCAGGUGCUCCAACCAGUCCAUAUAACUCUGGUCCCUUUAACCAAGACAAACCCAACAGCCCCAUGAUGUACCCACCGCAAGCCUUUAACACGCCACAGGGUCCUCUAGUGGCCGGGAUGACCCCCAACAAUGUGCCCAAGGCCCCCAUGAGCAACUACCUCCCUCACAACCACAUGGGUAUGAUGGGCCAGCCACAGCCAAACAGCAUCAGCCAGAACACGCUGUCCAAGCAACAGCAGCAACAAACCGCAGCCAUGUUGUCCUAUAACAACACCAAACCGCUGAGUCACUUCAGCGGCAGCGGGGUUGACCACAUGGGCCAGCGGAUGACUCCUCCCAUGGGAGGGAACAAUCAGGUCAAGAACCCCAUGAUGCCUCCCUACAUGGGUGGCGGGGGCGGUGUCGGACAGGGCGCGGGGCCCGGGCAGACACAGGGGCCGAUCCCGGGGCAGACGGCCCACCUGAGUGAGGAGCAGAAGAGGAUGUUGCUGAUGAAGCAGAAGGUGUUAAACCAGAACAUGCCCUACAGCGCCAUGCAGGCUCAUGGACAGGAACAAGGCGUGGUGGGAAUGUCACGACCGCCGGGCGCCAUCCCGCCUCCUCACCCUGCUGGGGGCGUGGCUUCAGGUGUGGGGCCCAACCAGGGGUCGGGACCACCUCCGGGCUACGUGGGCAACCAGCAGCAAGCGGCCAUGAUGAAGCAGAUGAUGGCGAUGGAGCAGGAGAAGAGGGCACAGAUGCAAAUGAUGGAGCAGCAGAAACAGCAGCUCUUCAGAGAGCAGAGGCAACAGCAGCAACUGCUGGCCGAGCAGCUCCAACAACAACAGCAGCAGCAGCAGCAGCAGCAUCUCCCCAGACAGAUGGGGCAAGGCCAGAGGAAUCCAUACCCUCAAGUCAAUCAGUACCAAGGUCCUCCUCAAGAUCUGGCAUCCAGAAGCCAGGCUCUCCAGAACAUUCGGGCCGCCCGUCUCCUACAACAGCAGCAGCAGAACCAGCAGCAUAUGGUCCAGAUGAGUUCUGUUCAGGGGCAGGGGGGCUCUGUGGGACCCCAAACUGACAUGGGCUUACCCUACAGCAACCAGGGGUCCAACCAAGGGUCCCUGUACGGGCUCAACCCAUCUAUGAGCCAAAUGAUCCACCAGCAGCAGCACCAGAGCCAAAGUGUCCAAGCCUCCAUGGGUCUUCCACCGCAGCACAACCCUGCCGGAGGGCCGCCCCGGCAGGCAGGGCCCGGGGUCGGAGGUAUGCCUGGAGGUCCCGGAGGUGGGGGAGCCGGAGGCUACGGAGCACCGGGGAUGCUCAUGAACUCCAUGACACAGCAACCCCUCAAAGGUCCUUCAAACGCCAAAGCCCAAUCACAGAGACUACAAAGCAUGCUGGGAGGAGGAGGAGGAGGCGGGGCAAUGGCGGCAGGUGGCUGGCCGCAGCAGCAGCAGCAGCAAGGACAGAGUCUGCAGGUCAUGGGCGGAGGAAUCGGAAGGACUACAGGGGGAGGGGGAGGAGACCUGGUGGGGUUCAGCUCAGCGCAGGGUUACGGGAUGCAGCCGGGUCAACCCCCGCGCAUGACCAAGCAACACUUUCAGGGUCCGGGCCAAGGUAUGAGCCAGGGGAUGGACCCCAGAGUGGGCAAUCCAGCGGCCGGUAUGGGAGGCCCAAUGAUGGGACCUCACAUGGGCGGUCAGCCCAGGACCAACCAGCCCCGGCCCAUGGUCAUGAACCAGGGAAUGAACCAGGGCAUGAUGGGCCAGGGGAUGACUGGUAUGGGGGUAUUCGGGCCGGGCGCUGGGGGGCCUGGAAUUGGGGCAGGGGGAGGAGGAGGUGGACCAUAUGGACCAGGGGGGGUUGGGGUUGGAGGUCAGCCACCGGGCUACCAGAGGACAGCCAAUCAAGACAUGUCAUCAUACGGAUAUGGGGGCGGGCCCUCAGGGGGAGGGGCCUUCGGAUUGGGCGACGGCUCAGGGGCGGAACUGGACUCAAGCGAUGGUUGGAUGGAGGAGUUCUUCCCGAACCAAUAGCCAACGGGGAAACUGGAGAUGAGUUUUUACUGGAUGAACUAAACAUUAAAGUAGGACAAAUGUUAAAACCUGAGAAAGUAAAACAAAAACGAUGACAUGAUAUGGACUGGCAUGUUUUUGUUUUGUAAAACAUGAGCAAGAUUAUACAUGAGUUAUUGUGUUAUGUUUUGUGUGUGUGUGUGUGUGUGUGUGUGUGUGUGUGUGUGUGUGUGUGUGUGUGUGUGUGUGUGUGUGUGUGUGUGUGAUGAGAGAGUGAUCAUUGUGUCUCGUGCAUAUAAAUGAAAACCCAAUAUAGAGAUUAAGAGAUAUGUUUCAUUAGUGUCCCUUUUUUUCUCAUGUUCAAGUGUUUGAAAGCGAGCCCCGUUUACACAGCAGUGCUGAUAGAACCCGCAGACUGAUGAAGGGAAAGAAAGACAAGUUCUCGAGACAGCAAUUUAUUUGUGUUUGUGUGCUUGUGGCACCCAGCUCAGUGCUUCAGAUCUCUCAACUAUGCGAGGAGCUGAAGGGACGAGAAAGCACUCUCAGCGCUCCCAUUUCCUCUCUUAGAUUUGUGCCUCUCAUAUCCAUGACACACACGCACGCACGCACAAAUCUGUUGCCUUCGCGCACUCUUCACUUGAUCUCUCUCUCUCUCUCUCUGCCUCUUUCUGCCUCUCAUCCUCCUUCACCGUCUCUUCUCCCGUCUUUCCCACCCUCUCUCCAGAGACUCGUUCCUCGCUCUCAACACUCCUUUCUUCCUCUCUUUUAAAUUCUCAACAUCACAACAGAACAAAUGAUGUUCAUCUACUGUGCCACACAAGCGCACUCCGCCCUCCAGUCAUUUUGCUAGGCAACCGAUCUGUGGUGUUUUUAAGGGGGGGGGGGGUUCAUUUCCUGUGCAUGGAUGUGGAUAGCGGGUAGACAUGCAGAGGAAGACAAAGAGAGUGCAAAGCAGAGAAUAGACAGCUAAGGCAAGCACUUGGACUCAAAAGCUCAUGCACACAAACACACAAAUAAGGUGAGCGAGUGUGUGACAGACUGCUUCUGGAGCUAAUAUUGCAUUAAGUGACAUAAAACCACAUCACGUGCAUCAGGCUGACACAAAGCAAAACCAUUGCUGGGCACUGAAUGUAUUCAAGCACCGCAAGUGACUUCUUCUUUUUAAGAUUGAAAAAAAAAAAGCUCAUUGAAAGCCCACACACACUUAUUUGUUGCUUUGUUUUAUCUCUAAAAAUGAUCCUGGUCGUGUCUUUGUCAAUUAAAAGUUGUUGUUUUUUUUAAAAAGAAGAAAAAAAGUUAGCCUUCUUUUAGUCUGUAUUGUCUUUUGAAAACGUGUUGGUCCUCCCGUCUCGCAGCACAACCUUCCCUGCCACCGUAAGACGGCUGGUUGUCCAUCGUGGCUUCUCCUGUACUGCAGCUGUAAAACGCCCUCGCCCCCCCCCCCCCCCCGAACUACAACGUAACUGUGCCGUAGUGUAACACUACUGUGAAGCAACACGAGUUCUCCCCUUCCAGCGCUUUGCAAGGAACCGCUGCUCAGCCUUGAGUUUGUUCUGUAGCCAGUAGAGAAGGGUAACAACAGUCAGUUAAAGCAUAAAGAAUUCAUCAACAACAAGCUGUCCAAUCCUCUUCCCUAAUGGUUGCGUUAAUAAACAUGUGUUUUGAUACUGUAGUCGUCGGUGAGACAACCACCCUUACUUCUCUAACUGUUGUGAUCUCGGAUCAAAGACGAGUGCGCGCGUGUGUCUGUACUCGCAUUACUUUGUAUUUAGCUCGUCGUGGGCGAAGGUUUUGGAGGACGAUGCUGUAAUCAACAAACCAAAAAGCCUUCUUGUCUGUAAACUUAACCCCUUGCCAUCAAAACACAUGUUCUCAUGGUCGUUGACGUUGUAUAAUCCAACCCUUUAAAUACAAACUCUAACCAACACGCCCAUGGUCCUGUAUUUGGUAGCAUCCUGCGUGGGGAGCAGAAGUCCUGCGUCCCGCUCGGUGGACGGUCGACAGCAGGUUUAGGGAUGUAGCAUUGCCCAACGUUAUCAGGGUGAGAUGUUGAAAUAUAUUUAAAUAAAAAAAAUCUCGGUUAGUGUGUCUUUGCUCUUGGAUGGUUUGCCCCCCCCCCCCCACAGCUUCGAUGGCUCCACUGCUCAUGCUUCCGAUACUUUGAAUUCCGCUCCAAGGGCCUCAAACUAAAUUGUCAGUGUCAGACCAGUGAGAUGGAGGCGGCGUGUAGGAAAGCACCCGAGGUUCACCUCUGCCCAGUGGAAGGUAGGGGAACACCUCUGGGUCACUGUUAAGGUCACAGCCUUUGUGACCUUUUGUCGUCAAAGUUGAGUUCACGAUACGGUUUGAAAUUCCUUCAGAGAACGGAAGCUUCCUCCAAAUAUCAUUAUGUACCGGGACCAAGUCUGUAGACAACUUUUUAACAAAAAUGGUUGUUUAUGUUUUGUUUUAUUUUAUUUUAAUUGUUUGUUUGUUUUUUUACUGGUGCUGACAUAUAUGUGAUUAUGAGAAAAAGUAUAUAAAAGAUAAUGGCUAUUUGUAAAUAUGUUUUUACAGGUUUAAAUACACCAGAUGAUACCGUCUCUACCCUGUAAAGAAUUUACUGUUUGUUGAAAAAUAGAGAAGUAUUUUUAUUUUGAAGGUUUUCGGUUUCACGUUUAACCCAUCUGAGCUACGCCAUUGCACUUCAGACAAUGUCUUACUACUAAUUUGUAUUGUAAACCUCCUUUCUUUUUUGGAAUUUUUUUCAUUUGUUUUUUCUAGUUUGAGAUUUGACUCUGUCCUAAAGCAGCGUUUAUUUCUUUUUAUCCUGUACAGAAUUCCGAAAUGUUAACAAAAGAGAAUUACAAAAGACUUUUUUUUUUUCCUUUGUUUUUCAAAAAGAUACAAUAAAGAGAGACUGUUCUCGCUGAUCAUAUUAAAUGAA